AUGCAGUCCGCCGACGAGCCCGUGUCCGGUCCGGCCGUGAGCAGUACGGCGGCAACACGACCGCGAGAGGCCGCAGCGGAGGACGGCAGCAAGAGCCCGGUGUCGCCGUCGAUGGAGGACGAGCGGCAGAUCCCCGUGGACCCGGUCUCGUUGCGGCACCUGGGCAUGGUGGCCGACCCGGACUCGCCCCUCUCCGCGCCGUCCGUGCUCACGGAGGUGGUCGCGCAGUCGUCCCCGCUCCUGCCGCCGCUACGCCGGCCCACGUUCGUCGGCGCCAGCCUGCCUUGCUCCGCGACCUCCUCCCCCGUCCACAGCGCCACGGCCAAGCGGGACGAGCCCGCCGCGCCCAGCCUCGACACGGUCAUGGCCCUGCGCUCCCUCGCGCGGCAGCACUCCGCCGCGCUCGCCAGCUAUGCCGCCUCGCCGUCCGCGGCUCCCACCACGCUCUCGAGGAGCGCGUCCCGCGCCGAGGGGAGGUCGAUGGCGCCGCACGACGACGAGGUCCCCAACGUCGAGGCCGCCGACGAGGCCGAGCAAAGCUUCACGUGCGGCGUGCUGUGCAUGUUCAUCCCCGGCUUCGCCAAGAAGAAGCCGGGAUCACCGUCCGCGGCGGCCGUCGUGUCGAGCAUACAGAGGCAGCAUUCGGGGGCGAGGCGGCGGAGCAGCGUGUCGCGGAUGGCGGAGCUGGAGAGGUUCGAGUGCGGGUCGUGGAGCCCGCCGCCGCCGCCGCAUCCGGUGAGGGUCGUGCCGGCGCACGUCGACAUGGACUUCGCGAUGGAGGUGCCCAAGAUCAGCUGCGCGGACGACGCGGACCUGCCGGUCAAGAUGGCGUUCGUGUUCGAGGGCGAGGCGAGGGGGGUCCUGAAGAAGUCGGCAUCGGAGUCGCGCCGGCAGGAGCCAGCUACUCCCACCAAGACGGCGUGCGUGUUCGACGGCGAGCCGAGGGGGAUCCUGAAGAAGUCGGCGUCGGCGUCCCAGCGGCAGGACUCGGCCCCCAGGACGUCGUCCGCGUCGCAGCGGCACGUAAGGUUCUCGACGGCCGCGGCGCCUCCGGCGUCGUGCCCGACGUCGCCGUGCAUCACGCCGCGGCUGGCGAUGGCCAGGGCCGAGUUUAACGCCUUCUUGGAGGCGCAGAGCGCGUAG